ACGUCAGUAUGUCUGUUUCACAUGGCGCGUUAAUGCCCCACUCACUAAAUCCUUCGAUCGUCGUGCAAAGGUGAAUGGAAGCAGGGUAUAUAUAUCUGGGGCACUGGGUCUCAUCGUAUCACAGUCACUCCUUGAACGCGUCUCAGACAUGAAGAUAGCCGCCGUAGCAUUCGCCGUCGCCCUCCUGGGGAGCAUCUGCCAAGGCGCCCCACAAGGUUACAACUACGCCGCCCCUACGACGCCCGCCCCCGCUUCCUACGGCUUCAACUACGCCGUCGACGCCGUCGACGGUCUGAGACGCCCCGUCCAAUUCGGUCACGAGGAGAACCGUCAGGGCGUCCAGACGACCGGAACCUACUACGUCCUUCUGCCCGACUCCCGUCUGAUGACCGUCAAUUACUACGUCGACGAGACAGGAUUCCACCCCACCUACACGUUCCAGGGACAGGCCGUCUACCCCGAGCCUGCUCCAGUUGGUGGGCAUGCCGCCCUAGCUGCCCCGAGCCAGUUGUACAACACUCCUGUAGGAGGCCAGGCAGCUUUGGCUACUCCUUCGCAGCUGUACAAUACUCCCGUCGGAAAAUGAAGGGUUCGUCGUUAGGCCGAGUCCUCCUUGCUCCAAGUCUUACUUUACUUCCUUCUCUUGUUUCUUUAUCCUCUCUACCCUUCAGUUCUCUCAAGCGCGAUCAAACAUUGCAAGAAGAGUAAGGCAGUCUUACCAAAGUGCCUAGUAGCAGUAGUUAACAGGGAUUUACCCUUGAAACGGCUCUGCACGAGUUGGGUGCUCAAGUCUUACUUAUAUUUCCAAAAGAAAAAGAUGAUCGUUUACUCUCUCUCUCUCUCCUCUCUCUCUGUCAAACGCCGUGCGUUGAUAGAAUUGUUAUUUGCUAUUUUUUAUACCAUUUUUACUCAUUGAUAUUGUUUAUAUUUUUGUUACCACGUGAAUAAAGUUUUAUACUUACAAA